AUGGCGUCCGUCAAGAUCUUUACGCUGGCGGUGAAAACCCUUGCCAAGCCCAUUGCGAACACGAUAAAGGCUCAAGCUACUCAACAUGAGAGCUUCCGCAGACUUUGCAUCGAGCUGGCGCAGGUAUGUCCAUGGCAUUCGAUGGGACUGACCGCAGCGUAUGCACCGAGCCGAGGCGCGCAUGCGCAUGGGCCUUCUGAACGAGGAGGCCGCGAAGAUCAAGCCGCUCAACGAUGCCAAAAUGGUGCACAAACACUAUCAGAAACAUUCCUGUUCAUGGUGGGAGCAGGCUUGAUUCUAGGAGAAGCCUAUCGAUCAAGUCGGAAAGAUACGAAACGACGAGACAUGGUCGCCGAUAAGAUCGCCACGCUAGAGGAAGAAGUGGAGAAAUUGAAGAAUGUAGAAAAAGCAGAAGUAUCUGUGCUAGAAGAAAGGAGUGCGGGCCUUGAACGAGUCCUCUCAACGGUCAUCCAGAACGGCAUGCGCCAGGGCUGGAUCGACCUCGGACACAAGGACAGCGAGAUCAACGAUCUGCUGCAGAACCUCCCAGGGCAGCCGUUCGCCUUGCGUAACCUCGACGGCUCGGAGAACGCCAAGCUCGACAGCUUCGGAACAUCCUUCGACGACGACGAGAACCCAAGUGCCGUGAUCAAGGAGAUCAAGGACAUGCGGAAGGUCGAGCCGCUGAACCCCGGCUUCGCUGCCAUGAACGCGGCUGCGAUGGGAGAGAUCGCAAAGCAGCAUGCGACGCACGGGUCCAAGCCCGCUUCCCCCGCCCGACCUGCCAGUCAGCCUCAGCCCGUCGAGAAGACGAAGGUGGCGAUCCUCGAGGAGGACGACGACACGCAGCGGCCCAGCUAG